AUCCUUUGAGAUACUGUCUUUGCAUCUUCCCCACUCAUCUUAUUACGGACAUGAGAAAAGAUCGAAGCAGCGCUGAAUGGUUCGGUUAUAAUGCUAGUCGCAUUGUCGCAUCAGGCGUUUGGCAGCGUGUAUAAAAAGACGCUAGUUUUGACUGCUAUUGUCAUAAUUGUCCCAUUUCUGUGUUGUAAGGUCAACUUGCCUCUUACCAAAAUACUUCGCUAUAAUCCGUUCUUGAGAACUAAGAACAUUCAGUAUGUCUUUGAAAACCCUUCUUCCCAUUCUGGUGGCUGUUCUGGUUGCAGUACUUUGCAGGCCUACAGAAGCUAUUGUGUAUGGUAGCAUGACGUGCCAUAACCGCAGCGAUGUCAAUCAGAUCUUACAUCAGGAGGACUACACCAAUGGACAGUUUGCCUUCUUCCAAUUCGGACGCGACACAGCCAGCAACGAGUAUUACCCGAACAUGGAAUGUAACUUGGAUUACAGUGCCAUUGGUGGUCGUCCGGUGAGCGUCAUCUUCCAUCCAUGUACCCUGCCUAUUGGAAAUACAUGCAGUCAGGAUUCAUUAACGGUCAGCACUGCUGCAUCCAAUCCACACACUGUGGUCUGCUCCGACGAUCCAGCUGCUGAACCAGGCGUGAUCGAUUCUGGUGAUUCCAGCAUGUCCAUCAAGUUCCUCACUGACGCGAGUGGGCAGACAGUUGGUUGCGCGGGAUUCAUGUGGGGCGUCCCUCCGUCCUAAACUACUUCAGUAGAGAGGCUCAAAAGGCAUCGUGCAAACCUGCCACUACACGGAGCACUAAGGCAUCCUGUCUCAAUCACCAUGCAAAGCUGAAUCAUAUCGUUUGCAUUUGUAUAGAAGCAUCAUAAUUGACAUAAUUAUUCAGAACCAAAAUUUCUUUCCAACCAAUCUGUGUACCUUUCAUUCCAGCUUCCGCCCUGCCUCCUCUUUCUAUGUCAUGUAUAUUUACAUGCAUUGACACAGAGAAUACCAAUAGCAUGCAUGACAUAAACAUACAAUCAUGUAUUAUGAUGUAAUCAAGUAGCGUGUACUAUGAUGUUUACAAUGUACAUCUUGUUCUUUCUUUAACAAAGUAGCAAACAUGCUUGCCCCUGGAUUGCUCCCGAAUUUUUGUCACUGUGCUCUUGAAAUUCUAAUAUACGGGUAGAUGUACAGGUAUUGUAGUAUACAUGUUUGUCUUCCAAGGCACGUUUGAUGGUAAUUCAUGUACAGUACUUUGUAUUUGCAUCCCAGUCACUGAGUGAAAACUAUACUUUUGCAUUCCAUAUUUCCUCCUUUCGCUUUGCAAGCAAUAAUUAUACUUGAUGUUUCUUUCAUUUGUUUCCGUUCAGCAAUCUGAUCUGAUGAAGAAUACCUGUAUGGA